AUGGCGCACAGUGGAAUCAACCCACAGGCAGCAGCCGACCUUUUGAGACAAGCCAUGGCACAAAACAGCAGUGCCAGACAUGAGUUUCGAGACGAUCUUCAGGAUCACCUGGGAUCGGGCUCGCCCACGCCAUCCGGGGUUGCGACGCCACAGCCAGACCUCCACGACAAACGACUACCGGGUAUUAAUCACGGCUACUUUGGCCAGGUGGGUGGAGAUCCUUCUCAGAGCACACCCUUACGGUCAUCCCAAGCUGCAAAACGCCCUGAAAACACCGAAGAACCUGCACAUUCCUCGUUGAAGGUCAGGAGAGAAGAUGAGGAUCGACGAGCGUCCUCUACCUCCCUGGGCUCCAUGGUGAUGGUUGAGAGGGAACAGUCGUCGGUCCCUACUCCACCACCAGAUGAACCUCAUCAAGAGUCCGGGCAGACCGUUACACAGACUGAUCCCUCUCAACUACCGCCAACACCUAUCUCGUCCGCCGCUUCAGUGGUGCACCGGGAUGGCGAGGCUGCAGAGAAUGGCUCAUCCAUGCUAGACGGUGGCAUUGCUUCCAUCACGCAGGCUUUGAGGAACUUCGUACUUCCCAAAACUGCCUUCGGAGUGAAGGAGCGUCGCCACCAGUCUCUGCCUGUUUCCAGCGUUACCAAAAGCAAUGUUUCUGCGGCACAUAUUUCCAACCCUACAUCGUCUACUCACUCUUCGCAUCCGCACAGCCCUCAGCCUUCAUCUCCAAGUUCUGCUAAGCCACCUUCUGAGAUUCUGCAAGAAACACUUGAGCUAACUUCAGACGUGGCCGAUGGGUCGCGUAAUAAGAGCACACCUCCUCUCACACCUCGAGCCUUAUCCCAAGAAGACCGACGACCAGAAACGCGGUCAACACUCUCAAGCACCAGCAUCCCUGCGGGCGAUGCAAGUGCUGCACCCGAGAUUGCUGAACCCGAGAAGCCUGUGUCUCUUUCAAAGGAGUCAACUCCCACUACCACUGCUCCUCGGGGCAAACUUUCAAUUAAAAUCGCUGAGGCUCGGAACUUGAAGCCUUCGUUCGACCCUUACGUGGUCUGUCAAUUCGAGUGGAAUGAAUUUGUUACCAAGGGUUCCAGACACGACAAAAUGGACGUUGACGGUGAUGACCGCAAAGGCCCCGUCUCUGCGUUACAGUCAAUCCCAAUUCGACGGACUGAUAGCGAUAUGGGAAAGCCCAUGGCCAUCCCUAUGCGCAGUCGUCAGAGUAGCACUAAUGGCCAGUCUGGGGAUGAAAGAGGACUUGGCAAGGUCUCUGAUCCCCAAUGGAACCACGAAGCUACAUUUGAUGUUGUCAGUCAUCAGUCCGAACUAGAUGUAACAGUCUACGACCGCCAGAGCGAGGCUUUUCUUGGCCAUGUUCGUCUGUGUUUAUAUCUUUCCGAGAAACAGCCCGAUCUCGAAGGUUUCUUCCGACUCGAACCCAGAAGUGCAGAAGACCUGGACAUCACGGGAGAGAUCCACAUCAGCAUGCAUUUCGCCAAAGUGGACAAGAAGCAUUUCGGCCCGAAUGAUUUCCAUAUUCUCAAGCUGAUCGGCAAAGGCACAUUUGGUCAGGUCUACCAAGUACGUAAGAAGGAUACACAGCGUAUCUAUGCCAUGAAAGUACUUUCCAAGAAGGUCAUAAUCCAGAAGAAGGAGAUUCAGCACACUAUUGGAGAGCGAAACAUACUGGUGCGGACUGCCACAACCGAGUCACCUUUUAUCGUUGGCCUCAAAUUCUCUUUCCAAACGCCCACGGACCUCUAUUUAGUGACGGAUUUCAUGUCCGGAGGAGAAUUAUUUUGGCAUCUCCAGAAGGAAGGUCGGUUCAAGGAAGAUCGUGCGAAGUUCUACAUCGCCGAACUUAUCCUCGCGCUCAAGCACCUUCACGAGCAUAAUAUUGUGUACCGAGACCUCAAGCCAGAGAACAUCCUUCUGGACGCCAAUGGCCACAUAGCGUUGUGCGAUUUCGGAUUGUCCAAGGCCAACCUGACUCAGGACGACACAACAAACACGUUCUGCGGAACCACCGAGUACUUGGCACCAGAAGUUCUGCUCGACGAGCAAGGUUAUACGAAAAUGGUGGACUUUUGGUCUCUAGGUGUUUUGGUCUUUGAAAUGUGCUGUGGUUGGAGCCCAUUUUAUGCCGAAGACACACAACAGAUGUACAAGAAUAUCGCUUUUGGCAAAGUGCGCUUUCCAAGAGAUGCACUGAGUACCGAAGGUCGAAACUUUGUCAAGGGUCUGCUGAACCGCAACCCCAAGCAUCGGCUGGGUGCGAACGGGGAUGCCGGGGAGUUGAUGCAACACCCUUUCUUUACAGAUGUUGACUGGGAUGCCCUGGGCAAGAAGAACCUGAUCCCGCCAUUCAAGCCCAAAUUGUCCUCAGUGGCCGACACAUCCAACUUUGAUCCCGAAUUCACCAAUGCUCUCAACACCUCGUCUUCCUUAAACGCCCGGGCAGCCGCCAUAGCCGCGGGCGCAAACCCGGCAUCGACACCUCUGUCGCCGACCAUGCAAAACGCCUUCCGAGGAUUCACAUUCGUGGAUGAGAGUACCAUGGAAGAGCGCUUUGGCGGGUCCGAAGAGCCGGAAGAUGAGAGACAUGAUGAGCCCAGCCUGUCACGCUCUAGGACACAAGAGCACCGGAUGAGCGGCGUUCAACGCACUGGAGAUGAAGGUUUCUUCUUCGAAGAAUGA